CCAUGUGCGGCAUCAACAACGGCCAACGCUGCAACGAUACCUUCAUACUACGUACACAGAAGGCUCGCAAUCGAGCGCCCGGCAAUGCUUGUUCAGUAGGGAGCAGUCGUCACCAUGGACAAAACGCCGGCGCCCAUCUUCCGACGGCAGAAACACAUCCCGUCCUCGGCCCUGCCGUCAUCGUCACCAGCAUUCGGCACUCCUAUCCACCCUCUCAAACCCUUCAGCGUCAAUGCGCCCAAGGCAGCGAUUCUACCAAUCAUCCUGCCUCCUGCUACCCUCCGCCCGCUCGCGUUUCGAACCUUCACCAAGAAGCACUCCCUGACGCUCACGUCCUCGGCGCUGCAGGAACUUGCCUCCUUUAUUGGAAGGCAUUGCGGGUCGGGAUGGCGCGAAGAGGGCCUUGCCGAGCGUGUGCUGGAGGAGGUGGCGAGGAGUUGGAAGAACCGGAAUGGUGGAGUCAUUGUGGAGGGAUCCAGCAAACAACUCCAUGACAUCCUUCGGACAUUAGAAGGAAACAUGAGCGGCGGAAAGAUCGUCGGGCCAGUUAGGGGACUUCCCCGGGGAGACAGCAUGCUGGACAUUCAGGACAGCGACACAGCCAACACGAGACUAGGACUGCGCCCGACGACGCUCUCAAGAGAGGACAGCAACGCCAGUUUUGGCGUGUCGGGGCUGGGUAUGCAGGAAGAGGCAGACGACGACGACGAGAGCAAGGACCCGCGCGCUUGGCUGCAGAUCAUUGACUCGUAUGAGCAGCCCAGGCUUGUCUACAACGUCGGAAAGAAGCACUUUGAGAGAGAAACGACGAAACCGUCCUUGCUACCUGCCGCAUCACACAAAACGACCCUCUUCCGCAACCGCUAUAAUGUCAUUCACCAACGUCUUCUCCGAAACGAAGCCUUCCAAACGUCGUCGGUCUCGUCAUCCCGCAAGCGCACGCUCCAGCGCUCCCUUUCGAACCAGCAGUCGCUGAAGAUUACGCCGAUUGCAAACAUGCUCGGCCGUCAUGGUAGCAACCAUAUGCUUCUGGGGCAACUAGUCAUUCUUCCUACAGGCAACCUAGCCAUCAGUGACUUGACUGGCACGAUAGCGCUCGACCUGAAGCGGGCAGUUGCCAUACCCGCAGACUCGGCCUGGUUCUGCCCCGGCAUGAUUGUCCUCGUGGACGGUGUCUACGAAGAGGAAGAGGAGUCUGUGGGCAAGGGACUUAGCGGGAGCAGCGGUGUAGGCGGUACACUCGGCGGCCGAUUCCAGGGUUUCUUCAUCGGUCAACCCCCUUGCGAGAAGCGUAAGGCGACGCUGGGCAUAAGUGGCCCGGAUGGUGGUCAGGAUCACACCAUCGGGGGUGGAUUUGGCUGGAUCGACUUUCUUGGCGCCGGCAGCGAACGCGCUGUCGGAGCGAAGAUGCGGCGGCUGGAACGCCGCCUCUUGCCGCCGCCGCCACCAGAAGACGGCCCCGGGCGGAAUCGCAUCGUCAUCUUGGGCGAAUUAAACCUAGAUCAGCCUCGCGCUCUUCAGGCACUGCGCAAGAUCCUCUCCCUGUACGCCGCCGAGACGGAAGGCUCCUCUCCCGUUGGUUUUGUCCUGACGGGCAAUUUCACGCAACAGGCCGUCAUGGCCCGGGGUGGCAGUGGCGGAAGCAUAGAGUACAAAGAAUACUUCGACGCCCUGGCCUCAGCACUCUCCGACUUCCCGACGCUCCUCCAAACCUCGACAUUUGUCUUUGUACCCGGCGACAACGACGGGUGGGUAUCGGCCUUCACGGCAGGCGCAUCAACCCCAGUCCCCAGGAAGGGGGUCCCAGAGAUGUUCACAUCGCGCAUCCGUCGCGCUUUCGCCACAGCCAAUGCAGAGGGUGGCAACCAUGGAACGCCGGGCACGGCUGUGUGGACUUCGAACCCGAGCCGACUGACACUCUUUGGGCCGAACCAUGAGCUCGUUGUCUUCCGCGAUGACAUCUCGGCGCGCCUUCGUCGCACGUCGGUCAUCCUGAAGCGGAAGGCCGCGGACCCAGAGGACCAAGAGAACGAGCCCAGCGCCGACGAGCCAACUGAGACGCGGGCAUCCGCUGCAGACGCCAUGGACCUCGACGCCGCCAACCACGAGGAACCCGAGGUGACGUCGAGCGCAGCACCGUCGUCACUGAGCGAGGAUGUGCGCACCGCGCAGAAGCUCGUCAAGACGGUCCUCGACCAGGGCUACCUCGCGCCCUUCCGGCAGGCCAUCCGCCCGGUACACUGGGACUAUGUCUCGGCGCUGCACCUGUACCCGCUGCCCACGGCCAUGGCCCUCGUCGACACGACGGCCCCGCCGUUUUGCGUCACGUACGAGGGCUGCCACGUCAUGAACCCGGGCAGCGUGCUCGUGCCAGGGAGGAAGGGCGUCGGUAGGUGGGUCGAGUACGAGGUCGGGCGGCAGGGCAAGCUGCGCGAGUGCACGUGUUGAGUAGGUGCUCGAUUGUGGUGGGUGGCGAUGACAGUGAUGAUGGUGGUGCUACUGCUGCCAAGUCGGGUUGAUGCAUCUAUCAUUGUUUUUGUAGGGCGGCCCGCGGUGUACGGGCCAUAUUCUCCAGCAUUAGAGAGGCGCGGAUUAUGAGAUUUAUGAUGGAUAGGGUUGGCAAGCUGCUUUGUAGGGAGCUCUUGGAUUCAAUAGACAGCUACAAACGCUUCUGGGCCGC